AUGCCUUCAGAGCAGUUCCCUCAAAAGUAUGAUCGUGUGUUCAACUUCAGUGCAGGCCCUUGCUGUUUCCCUGUCGAGGUCCUCGAGCAAGCUAAGGACGAGAUGCUCAACUGGCAUGGGUGUGGGAUGUCUGUUAUGGAGAUGAGUCAUCGUGGAAAGGAAUAUACUUCCAUUAUCGAGGCUGCCGAAGCCGACCUCCGAGAGAUUUUGAAUAUUCCCGAUAACUUUAAGGUCAUCUUCUACCAAGGAGGUGCCACCCUGCAGUUUGCUGGUAUCCCUCUCAAUAUGAUGGGUGAGGGAAAGAAGGCUGAUUACAUUGUGACCGGUCAAUGGAGUGAGAAGGCCGCUAAGGAAGCUGCUAAGUACGGUGAUGUGAACGUUGUUGUUAACACUAAGCCCGAGAAGUUCACUCAUGUCCCUCGUAUGUCCGAGUAUAAGGAUAAACUUAGUUCCGAUGCUAGCUACGUGUACUACUGCAUGAACGAGACUGUCAAUGGUGUGGAGUUUGACUACGUUCCUGAAGUUGGUGAUAAGCCGCUCGUCUGCGAUAUGAGUAGUAACUUUAUGUCGAGGCCUAUCGACUUCUCCAAGUUUGCUGUUGUUUACGCUGGUGCCCAGAAGAACCUCGGCCCUGCUGGUGUCACUGUUGUAAUUGUAGAUGAGAAGUAUUUGGGUAAUGAGAUGCCCAUCACUCCGACCUAUAUGAACUGGGCUACCAUGGCUAAGGCUGGUUCGAUGUAUAACACCCCUGCAUGCUACGCUAUCUACAUGACUGGCUUGUAUCUCAAGUACACAAAGGCUCACGGUGGACUAAAGCACUGGGAUGAUCUCGCUGAGAAGAAGUCGGGUCUUCUUUACGGAGCCAUUGAGGAGAGUAAUGGAUUCUACAACGCUCCUGUUGCCAAGAACGUUCGCUCCCGUAUGAACGUUCCCUUCGUAAUCAAGGAUAACGAUGAUGACUUGAAGAAGAAGUUCCUCGCUGAGGCUAAGGAGGUCGGUCUCGUCACCUUAUCUGGUCACAGGAGUGUUGGUGGUCUCCGAGCCAGUCUAUACAACGGUAUGCCUCUGGAGGGUGUACAGCGUCUGGUCGAAUUCAUGCACAAGUUCUACAACGAGAACAAGUAAUUUGAGAUGAUAUAUUGUCGGCGUUAUCACUAUCGUUGGAAGCUGUUGACUAUUAAGUUGGGUGAAUCCUUCACUUGACGGCAGAUUAUAUAAGUUCGUCUAAGCAGUUUCUGAUAUUUAGUGGUACCGUCGGAAGCGGCGAGCUUGAAACUUGUCAGUGUUCACUGUGGGAUGGUAUCAUUAUUUGAAAGGAUGAUGAUUAUUGUUAAGACGGUUCCGAGGAGGUUAGCCGAUGAGGCUGUUGUUUCUUUUCUCUACUUUGAGCUACGUAUGUAGCU